AUGGACUUCAGGCUAUUCUGCGCUUUUGCGAGCCUUACUCGCAUCAUGAGAGAUUCAGACACUGUUGCAGAGCGUCAUCUGCUCACGAAGCUCGGUCAGCAACUGCGUAGGAGAGCCUCCGGAAAUGUUGUCCCCGCGCCAUGCUUCCGCGAGCAACCCACUUUCACAGACAAGAGAGCUACGGGUCCCAGAGAGGAUCGUCAAACGGCCGCCUCAGACGUCUGGUCCAAGGUGCAUUCACUCAUACUCCACGUCUUUGAUCCUACAACCACCGUACUGACGCGAAAGCGCCCACCUGAAAGCAGUCAAUCUCACAGUUCACGGACAUCUGAACCAGCCCAAUGGCAGCCCGGGCAACAUUAUUCCCACUCUCAAACGUCCUCCUUCAACACUCAAGAUGCGCUGUGGCCAUCUCCACCCCAAUUCGACGAGCGACAGGAGUUCAAGAUCGCCAUAAUAUGUGCUUUGCCAAAAGAGGCGGAUGAAGUUCUUGCCGUCUUUGACCGACCGCGAGGUGAUGGGAGAGAGUUCACCAGGACACCCCGCGAUAGGAUCGCAUCCACCAUCUGCUUCAUUGGAAACCGCCCGAUUGUGGUGGCGCAUCUGCAUGGUGAUGGAAAAGUGAAAGCAGCAGGCGUAGCGGCGUAUCUCCGUGCCAGCUUUCCCAACAUUCAACUUGCUUUACUAGUCGGCAUCUGUGGCGGUGUUCCUGGUGGGCCCGAUGGCUCAGGAGACGUCCGUCUCGGUGAUGUUGUGAUCAGUCUGUCGCCUUUGCAGUACGAUUACGGCAAACAGUACCCAGAAGCAUUCGAGCCGAAGCCAUCAACAAUGAGCGCCCCGCUAGAACUUCGCACGGCUCUUAGCCAGUUGGAAACGGAGUAUCAUCGAGAAAUCUUGCAGAAGAGACUGGAUGAUCUACUGUGUGACCUCCAAGCCCGACGUCCAAAGGUCAGAUAUCCUGGCACCGAGUUCGACCGCCUCUUCGAACCAGGGUAUCUGCACAAGCACCGAAAUACCUAUUGCAAUGUUUGUAACACUGGUGCAGACUCUGUCGUUUGUUCGGCGGCGUUCAAUGUGCCGUGCUCGAGACUUGGCUGCGAAGACUGGCACUUGGUCGACCGCCCCACUCCAGUCCUAUCUUCCGACAACAGAAGAGUGCCCUCUGUCCAUAUAGGCACUAUAGCCUCAGGAGACCGAGUCAUGAAGUCAGGUAUUCAUCGUGAUGCCAUUGCACAAAAGUACGGUGUUGUUGCUUUCGAGAUGGAAGGCGCAGGCUUGAUCGACCAUUUCCCAUUUCUCGUGAUCAAGGGUGUUGCCGAUUACGCUGAUAGCCACAAGAACGACGGUUGGCACCAUUAUGCGUCUGCCACUGCCGCCUGCUGCGCAAGAGCUUUCCUGGAGAGUUUUUGGCCGGAGCAACCCACCGAAUAUCCGGGCCACCGCUACGACCAAUGGUCCCUUCGCAGCUCGCCAACCACUGGAAUGGCUUCGCAGGCAUCCGCGGUACCGUCAUGCGAAGCUCCAUCGUCUGAAUAUGAUGCUCGCCAACAAGCGGUUUGGUGUGUUCCACUGGUUCGAAAGCCCGGUUUUGCAGGCAGAAUCAGCGAGCUUGCCGCCUUGGAAGCCAAGUACAACAACCGCGAUUGCUCAUGCAUUUCCUUACUUGGGCUGGGCGGUGUCGGCAAAAGCAAUCUUGCCCUUGAGUUUGCCUAUUCACUUAGAGAGAAGUCGCCGGACGUUUCUAUCUUCUGGGUUCAGGCGUCAGACACCACCACCUUUGACAAUGGCUAUGCGGAAAUUGGUCGCCAAUUACAGAUAUCUUCGAUGGCAGAAUUGCAGACCGAGCUCAAGCAUUUGGUCAAGCAACAUCUGAGUCUAGAGAGCUUUGGCCGUUGGCUCUUGAUCAUUGAUAACGUAGAUGACUUCGGACUAUUUUUCGGCGAUGAUGGCACUGCACGCUCUCAAUCACUCAGCUCCUUUGUUCCACGAAGCCCUCACGGCUGCACCCUCAUCACCACGCGUGAUAGAAAAGUGGCACUCAAUUUCAGUCGCAGCCACACUAUUGAAAUCCCGUGCCUGGAUCAGGAGGUCGCUCUCAAUCUACUACAGACCAUGCUUGACCCUCCGCCUGCAACUCUGGACAGAACCGUCGCCUGUGCUUUGGUGGAUCGUCUGAAUCAUCUCCCUCUUGCGAUUGUGCAAGCUACUGCAUACAUCAACCUCAACAGAAUUGGCGUUUCCGACUAUGUAAGUUUGUUAGACGACAAGGAGGAAACUGUUUUUGAGCUCCUGGAUGAAGAUUUCGAGGACGAAGUACGGGCACCGGGAGCAAAAAACUCAAUCAUUUCAACCUGGAGAAUCACCUUUGAGAGUAUUGCACAUCGAAGCCCCUUGGCCCGACGAUACCUGUCCAUGAUUGCAUGCAUCGAUUCAAAGAUUAUUCCCGAACGUCUCUUUCUACAAGGCGAUUCUCGGAAGGAGGAAAUAGAUGCAAGAGGUCUGCUAAUUCGAUAUUGCUUCUUGACACGAAGAGAUUCGGGCCCCGGAAGCAGCACCACCUACGAUAUGCACAGCCUCGUCCACCUGGCGUGUCGCAGCUGGCUGCACAAUGAGUCAGUCUUACAGACAUGCGCACCUCGAACGGCGCUCCGCCGCAUGCUUGAGACCUUUCCUAAACCCGACCAUAGCAAUAGAUCCACCUGGUCGCUGUAUCUUCCGCACGCCUCUCGACUUCUACAGUCGCCUCACAUUGCUCAUAUGGAGAACCGCUUUGAGCUUGAAUCGUUAGUGGGGCAAUGUCUGUUUCUCGAGGGCAAAUACCGUGACGCGACCACAAAGAUCAGACUUGUCGUCGAACACAGGGAACAAACACUCGAACCUUUUCAUCACAGCCUUCUACAAGCUUACAUGGACUUGUCAGUGGCUCUGGAACGUUGGAGUCAGCUGGAUAAAUCGUUGGAGUAUGGUCGAAAAGCACUCUGGGGAUACACUGCAACAUUGCCUCCUGAUCACCCUCUCGUACUCACAGCUUUUUCCAACAUCGCUUCGGUAAAGCGAAGGCAGCACGAGUGGAAAGAAGCCCUCAAUCUGGAUCGGAUGGUUAUGAGGGCAAGACAGACCAUUCUCGGCGAUAAUCACCCAGACACCUUGAGCAGUAUGGCUAACUUGGCCGCGUCUUACAAAAGCAUGGGCUCGCCAGAAAAGGCAGAGGAACUCCUCCAUCGUGUCGUCGAGGGACAGAGUCUAGUCAUGGAAGAGGACGAUCCAGUCCUUCUCUCAUCAAUGGCACGUCUCGCUUCGACAUAUCGCUAUUCGAAUCGUCUUGCGGCGGCGGAAACGCUCGCAUUGGAUGUAUUGAAUCGGAGAAAGCGAGUCCUCGGCCUGCAUCAUCCUGACACUCUUCGGAGCAUGGCCAAUGUCGGCUCAACGUGGCGGAAGCAAGAGCGAUGGGAGGAAGCCGAACAAAUUGAAAAUGACGUCCUGGCAUUGCGAACCAGCAUUUUAGGGAAAGACGACCCCCAUACCUUGACAGCGAGGACAAAUCUUGCAGCUACCUAUCGCAAUCAGGGCAGAUAUGAUAAGGCAGAAGAGCUAGACUGGGAGACGCUCAAGAUCAAAGAACGCAUCCAUGGGAAAUACAACUAUUCCACGCUGUCAACCAUGUCCAGUCUCGCUUCGACAUACAGAAAGUCCAAACGAUGGGCGCAGGCGGACGAUAUUAGCAAAGAAGUGCUCAGCCGCUGUCGGCAUUCACUGGGUGAUUCACAUCCUCAGACGCUUGCAUGCAUGACUGAAGUUGCUUACAUUUACAAGCGAGAAGGUAACGUGAAACAAGCUGCUGAUCUCGCCGAACAGGUGUUGGCGGAGCGGGAACGCACACUUGGUCCCCAGAACAAACUGGUGCGGCACAUGAGGCAUUUCCUAUCAAGCUUGAAUCGGCAGCACGAUCGGCAGAGAGAGAGGCGAGGGCGCUCGACAAGAAGAGACCGACGACCCUGA